CACAAGGAAAAACUAUUUAAACGUUCACAACCCUCGCCUCUAAAACCUCUUCGUCCACACUCCACCGUCAACAAACCCCGCCAAUCGCCGGCUGACGUCACGAAUGAUUACGGCAUUGUCAUGGGUUCCAAAAGGGGCUUUCAAUCCCAUCCCUUCUGUACCCGAUCCUCUUUCGAAAGACGAAAUCGACGAGAUGAAGAAGAAGUUGGCACUCUUGAAAAAUAGUGAAGAAGAUGUUGAAAGUGAGGAAGAUAUGAGUGUUGAUGCGUCCAAACAGCCGGCUGCAAUCGAGCAAGCAUUGGGUGCAGCUAAUGCACUUGGAAAGAAAGCCGGUGGAUCCAGCUUCCCUGACAUUGCAGAUGGUUUAGAUGAACUAAACAUGGAUGCUUAUGAUGAUGAGGAUGAUGCGAUUGACAUACUUGGUAUGGGGAUUGGGGACACCUUCUAUCCUAGCAAUGAAUUAGAUCCUUAUCUUAAAGAUUCAAAUGAUAAUGACUCUGAAGAGGCUGAAGACAUGGUCAUCAAACCCGAAGAUGCUGUUGUAGUUUGUGCACAUGUUAAGGAUGAGAAGGGUCAGUUAUUGGUUAAUAUAAUAGAGGACCCGGACGGUGAGAUAAAUCAAUAUGUUCGCAAUGAUAUUGAUAUCGCUGAUUUUCCUCUUUGCACAGCAUGGCUUGAUUGCCCAAUUAAAGGUGGAGAAAAAGGGAAUUUCAUGGCAGUGGGAAUGAUGAACCCCGGAAUAGGAAUAUGGGACCUUGAUAUCAUUAACGAAGACGAACGUGCGGCACUCACUUUAGGUGGUUUCGCUGAGAUUCAGAUGAAUAAGAAAGGAAACAAGAUCAAGUACAAAGAAGAUAGUCACACUGGUCCUGUACUUGCUCUAGCUUGGAACAAGGUCUAUAGGAAUAUUCUUGCGAGUGGUAGUGCUGAUAAAACGGUGAAGAUCUGGGAUGUGGCAACUGCGAAAUGCAAGAUUACGAUGGAACACCAUACUGAUAAGGUUCAAGCACUUGCAUGGAAUCAUAAGGAGCAUGAAGUUCUUCUCAGCGGAUCCGUUGAUCAUACAGUAGUCAUGAGAGAUGGAAGGGUUCCUUCACAUUCUGGGUUUAAGUGGUCUGUUGGUGCGGAUGUCGAAAGCUUGGCAUGGAACCCACACGACCAACACUUGUUUGUGGCGAGUCUCGACGAUGGUACCAUUGUUGGUUUUGAUAUCAGAACAGCAACGUCCAAUUCAUCUACAGAAUUAAAGCCAAAAUUCACUCUCCAUGCGCAUGAUAAAAACGUUUGUGCUAUUUCUUAUAACCCCUUGGUGCCGAAUCUUCUUGCAACUGGUUCCGAAGACAAAAUGGUCAAACUAUGGGAUUUGUCAAAUAACCAACCUUCAUGUGUUGCCUCAAAGAAUCUCAAAGCUGGAGCUGUUUUUACCUUGUCGUUUUCGGAAGACUGUCCUUUUUUGCUGGCCAUUGCUGGCUCUAGAGGAAACUUGAAGUUGUGGGACACAUUAUCGGAUGCUGGCGUUUCAAAAAGAUACGGGACAUACGCUAGACAGAAUAUGGCAUCAUCUUGAUUUUUUAUACUCAACCUAUUAGAUUCCGAUAAAUGGACAUGUUGCAGGGUAUAGAUGAAUAGUUUCAUCGAGGGUUUAGUUCUAUGCUCAAUUAUAACUUUUAUCUUAUAUUUUAACACUUUAUAAAAGCUAUUUUCAUAAAAAAAUAUAUAUAUUUAUUACA